AGCCAUAAACCAAUCUCCACCAACUGUGGCAACCAAUAAGCUACGACGAACCACCAUGGCCAGCAGCAGCAGCAGCAUUCCCGCCCGGAACGGUGGCUUCUGUGGUGCACUGCAGCGUGCCCCACCGCCCAUGCCCGCCUCCCUGAGUCGCCGUCUCAGCAGCCGCGAGUGCUAUGGCGUGGGCAAGGUAAAGGUCAUGUUGCGAGUGGCAGAGCGGGAGAGGAACUCGAUCGGAUCCGGAGAGCCUGGAGAGUACAUGGCUCUGGACAAGAAGAAGCGCCAGGUUACGCUCACCGAUCCCAGGAAUACGGUGUGUCCACCGCCCCAGGCUGCCCAGGAGCGGGCGCCCAUGGUGGCAGCACCCAAAAUGUUUGCAUUCGAUAAUCUCUUCACCACAGAGGAUAAACAGUCGGAUGUGUGUGCAUCGGCGUUGAGCGAAGUGAUACCCGCCGUGCUGGAAGGCUCCGAUGGUUGCCUGCUGGCCAUGGGAUAUCCAGGCACUGGACAGCCCCAAACGGUGCUGGGCGAGGUGGGCAGCCUGGGCAGUGGCAUCAGCGGGGGAAUGUGCUCCCUGGGAGCGGCCCCCUGUGCCAUAGCCUGGCUCUACAAGGGCAUACAGGAGCGGAGGCAAAAGAGCGGAGCACGGUUCUCGGUGAGAGUGAGUGCCGUGGGAGUAAGUGCCACCAAACCGGAUGCCCCAUCGCAGGACUUGCUCAUCUCCCAUGCAGCUGAAUCUGACGACUCCCCGGGGAUUUAUUUGCGUGACGACUUCCUUGGCGGUCCAACGGAACUACGUGCACCCACCGCCGAGCGUGCGGCGUUGUUCCUCGACUCGGCGCUGGCCGGACGCUUAAAAAGUUCCGGUUCCACGGUAUCCGGGUGUACUUCUUCAACGCCAGCGGGAUGUGGUGGAUAUGCAGCCCCCUUGGAGUCCGCCCUCAUCUUUACGCUGCACGUCUACCAGUACAGCCUGUCCCGCAAGGGCGGUGUGGCUGGCGGUCGGAGCCGUUUACAUAUCAUCGACCUAGGCGGGUGUGCGAAUCGCAGCGGGGGCCUGCCGCUGUCGGGGAUUGGGAACAUACUGCUGGCUAUACUAUCCGGCCAGCGGCAUCCCCCACACAAGGACCACCCGCUGACGCCGCUGCUCAAGGACUGCCUGGCGCCCAUCACCUGCCAUGUGGCCAUCGUGGCACAUGUGCGGCCGGAGCAGAGCUACCAGGAUGCCCUAUCCACCAUUCAAAUUGCGUCGAGAAUUCAUCGCCUACGUCGCAGGAAGCACCGUGUCCCCAUGCCCCUGGCUGUGGGAUUGGCCCAGGGUCUGGGAGGUGGUUCUUCUGCGGGUUCGGGAGCAGAUCCCUCAAGCUCGGAAAUCUCCGCCGACACUGUCAUCUAUAUGGGACCCAAUGACGAUGCCACGGAUGGUGAACAUCCGCCCGUAUAUCUGCCAUCGCUGAGUGCCGGGGACAAUCGGGCGGUGAUGAGCAAAGCCCUAAAGGGUAGCGGCAUGGAGAAACCCCCCUCGAAGUCGGCCACCAAUAGUCCCAUGAUGAUGAAGAAGGCCAUGGCAGCGGAGAAAGCUAAAAAACUUCCAGGAAGCAAUACGGGCAGUCUGAAGCGUCAGGCAGGAGCAGGUGCCUGCUCUUCCCCACUGAUUCCCCAUGAGCAGCCACAGUUACAGCAGCAGCAGCAGGCCAUGGGUUCUCCCAUCCCGAUACCCCGGCACAUGGUGUCCAAGGGAUCAAUGGUACCCUCGCCCAAAGGUUCACCGCUGCGCAGAGGAGCUGCCCAUCCAGGAGCAGCUCUGGAACAACUGGAGGCGGGAAUGAGAAAGAUCACCGAGGAGCAAUGGAUAGAUGGUCCUCGAGUUUCCAGGGCCAAGGUGGCCGAAGCUCGUCAUCUAAUGCGCGAGGUUAAUCAUGUGAAACAGUGCGAAACCUGGGUGGAUGGACCCAAGUCCCAGUCCUGCCGAUCCCUCACAGCCGGCAAUUUGCCAACAGCGGGUGCGAGUCAAACGCAAGGCUAUGGCUUUAUGGAUGCCCACAAAAAGACCAUGAUACGACAAUGGGUAGAGAAUCAGACAUCGCAAGUCUUCCAAAGCACCGCCGUCUCUGCCAGUAACUCGCCGACGGCCCUGCACUGGAAGCUGUCGCAGUUGAAGCAGAAAUCCCUGGAUCUUCCGGACAGACCUGCCUUCCAAACCGAACCCUCCUCUUUGGAUCUCAAUCAGCCCUGCUUUGAGAGUCUUCCCCUGCUGGAUCCCGCUCCGCCGGAUGGCGAUGAGGAUGAGGAUAGUGGUCCCUCGGAGGUACCGCCUGCUCUUCCAUUACUGGAUGAUCCCCUGGGUUCCAGGGAUAUCUCCCAGGAUAACCUGCACCGAAUGCUGUCGCGGCAUGUGUCCAGAGAACAACUCCAUGAGGCUGAAUUUGUGGCCAGUAGAGCCUCAUCAUCGCAUCACCCGUCGCAAAGGAGUAUCGAUUGUGGUCUACAGGUCACAGAGGAGGAAAUAGCAAGGACUAUGGCCAGAGAUAGGGAUCAGGAGAUUGGAGCACACCCUCUGGCGGCUCUAAGUCAUUGCGAUAACUUGUCCUUUGUGUCCAGCUUCAAUAUGGCCUGCGAAUCCUUCAGCGAGUGCGGCGAGAGAGCUAGACACCAAUUCGAUCAGCUGGCCCGCCUUCAUGAGAUCUUCACCUCACAACUGGCCAUGGCCGAGGUAACACCCUCAGCUGCCCUUUUCCGAACGGAUGUGGGCAGUGUAUUCAGUGAGCCCGUCUAUCAUUUCAAUGUGGGUCAGAGCAGUGUUUGCAGUGAACCUGCCUACAGACUGACACCCAGUCCACCGAAGCAACCAUCGCACAGUCCCAGUCAGGGAUCCCUGCCCAGCCUCAAUGGCAUCAUGGAGAUAGCCGGGAUGGAUGACUAUGCUCUGCUCCGGCAACCCGAUGGAGCUUCGGAUCCGAAUUUGCAAAAGGGUGAGAAGAGAUUUACACCGCAGCACGAUGAUAUAUGUGAGUUGGAUGAGAAAUCUAUGGCCGCGGCGGUGGGCAAGCGAAAUUCUCUCGAGGAUGCCCAGCACAAGCUGAACGAGAUCACGAAUAUACUCCCGCUGGCGGCCCAAUCGCGUCUUCCCCUGCUGCCCCUGAAUACCAGUUCCGAGGCCUAUGACAGUGGUCAUGAUUCCAACUCCACACCACGGACUUCCAAGCAUUCGGGCAUUUCGAGAAGAGCCGAGAGUGGCUAUCAUAGUGUGGCCACUGUUAGGGAUUCGGAUGAGAGUAGCUUUGCCUCCGGCAUGUAAGGGCAGAGGCAUCGCAUAACGAUCUCUGGAUCGGGAGCAGUAACAACAGCCUCGGGAAAUGGUCAUUACCAGCGGCAUAAUCACAAGAAGCGGCAUCGCCAGGAUCAUCAGGCGGGAGGUGCUAACAAAGGACUCUGCAAUUGGCUCCUCACACCGUUCUCCUGCACUUAUCCAGAGACUGAGGGUGAGAUCAGCGAUUUUUAGAAGCAAGAAUAAUGAGAGACACCACAUCCGAGUCAAAAAAAAACAAAACACCCACCAAAAAAUGGAAAACCGAGCUAGUCCAGCAUUCAAAAUGGCCAAAACACUAAACACAAACCAAAAAUGGAAAAAAUAUCAUAAAGUUUUAGGUAAAAACGACUAGGAUGAAAGGUAGAAGGAUAGAAGAAUCUUUGAUAGCGACUGAUUAAAUUUUACUAGGCGACGGCUGCCACAACAAACAAAGAAAAACACAAACCCAAAGCGAAAGCAGAAAACCAAAAACACAUGCAAUUUUAAAGUAAUCUAAUACCUAACCCAAUUACCUAAAUAAUUCAUAAUAACAAGCAUGGGUUUUUUAAGCUUUUAAGACAGUGGAAAUUUAUGGUAAAAUCAGCAGGAAAAAUAUUUAAUAAGACUUUAUUUUUUAUUAAGGAAAACCUAAUGAAAAACACGUAAGAAAUAAACAUAUCUGUAUAAGGUAAAACAGAGAGAGUGAAAUUAAUCCUUAAAAUAAUGAGGAUUCACAAGAGAAAAAAGAAAACUCCCAACGCUAACCCUUACCAUAUCCCUUGAAAAUUUCCUCCGAAAUUGCUUUUAGAAUUUUUUAAACACAACGAAUUCCACUGUCUUAAGAGUUAUGAAACUAAAUAUGCUAUAAAAACAAUCGAAUCAAUCACUCGACUCACUCACUCACUCACUCACUAAAUACACGCAUAAGUUCAAACGGGGCUUUAAAUAUCUUAAGUUGCCAGCUAGCAUAAUGAAUUGGGAUAAUCGGAAUCGAAAUCGGGGAUAUGAUAUAUAUACCGAAAGUAAUGGAAA